CUUCAUCAUGACUAAAAAGAGGAGAAACGGUGGACGAAACAAGCACGGCCGAGGCCACGUCGGAUUCGUCCGAUGCUCUAACUGCUCCCGAUGUGUGCCCAAGGACAAGGCAAUCAAGCGAUUCACUGUCCGCAACAUCGUUGAGGCCGCUGCCGUCCGUGACAUCUCGGACGCUUCGGUCUACGCCGAGUACGCCCUGCCCAAGCUCUACAUCAAGAUCGCCUACUGUGUCUCGUGUGCCAUCCACGCCCACGUUGUCCGAGUGCGAUCGCGCAUUGGACGAAGGAACCGUGCUCCCCCCGUUCGAGUUCGUUACAACAAGGACGGAAAGAAGAUCAACCCAGCUGUCGCUGCCGUCCAGAACUCCGGUGUCGGUCCUCAGGCCGGAGGUGCUCCCGCUCCCACUGUCCGAGUCUAAGUCUGUCGCCUCUUUCCUUUUUGUAGGAUAGACGAGCCGCUUUCUUUGCC